AUGGCAACCAAUCCGUUUGUGUCCAACUUUGGGCAGCAGGGCACUCGCCCUCCCUGCCGCCGUCCCCCACCUCCACUGGCACGCACUGACCAGCGUGGGGAAGUAUGGUCAAAUAGCCCCCGCCACCCAUCCAGCAUUGGAUUGACAAGACAAACUGCGCGUGCUCAUCACUACAACACUCAUCACUGCAACACUCAUCACACUCAUCACUGCAACACUCAUCACACCCAUCACUGCAACACUCAUCACACUCAUCACUGCAACACUCAUCACACUCAUCACUGCAACACUCAUCACACUCAUCACUGCAACACUCAUCACACUCAUCACACUCAUCACUGCAACACUCAUCACUGCAACACUCAUCACUCAUCACUGCAACACUCAUCACUGCAACACUCAUCACUGCAACACUCAUCACUGCAACACUCAUCACACUCAUCACUGCAACACUCAUCACUGCAACACUCAUCACACUCAUCACUGCAACACUCAUCACCGCAACACUCAUCACUGCAACACUCAUCGCACUCAUCACUGCAACACUCAUCACUGCAACACUCAUCACUGCAACACUCAUCACACUCAUCACUGCAACACUCAUCACUGCAACACUCAUCACACAUCACUGCAACACUCAUCACUGCAACACUCAUCACACUCAUCACACUCAUCACUGCAACACUCAUCACACUCAUCACUGCAACACUCAUCACACUCAUCACUGCAACACUCAUCACUGCAACACUCAUCACACUCAUCACUGCAACACUCAUCACUGCAACACUCAUCACAUUCAUCACUGUCCCACUCAUCACUGCAACACUCAUCACUACAACACUCAUCACUGCAACACUCAUCACUGCAACACUCAUCACACUCAUCACUGCAACACUCAUCACUGCAACACUCAUCACACAUCACUGCAACACUCAUCACUGCAACACUCAUCACACUCAUCACACUCAUCACUGCAACACUCAUCACACUCAUCACUGCAACACUCAUCACUGCAACACUCAUGGAGAGGCAGCUCCAUGAGAAUUGAUCAAUUAACUACCUUGAGUCAAUCAAUCACCGUGGAAACCAAACUUGUAUAGGUUCAAGUCAAUAGGUUGUAUAGGUUCAGGUCAAGAUUAACACUGCUCAGUGAGUGCACGCGUGUGUGUACAUGUACAUGUGUGUGCACGCGUGUGUGUGUGUGUGUACGAGGUGUGUGUACGCGUGUGUGUGUAGGAGGUGUACGUGUGUACGAGGUGUGUGUGUGUACGUGUGUACGUGUCUACGAGGUAUGGGUGUUUGUGCGUAUGUACGUACCUGUGUGGUUGGUCUGUGGUCGGUCUGUGGUGUGUGUACGCAAGUCUGUGUGUGUGUACCCGUGUGUGUGUGUGUACCCGUGUGUGUGUGUGUACCCGUGUGUGUGUGUGGGGAGCGGUAGUGUGGCGGUUAGCGCGCUGCGCUAUGAACCUGGCGACCCAGGUUCGAUCCCCGCACACGGCCAACACCGGUGACAAUUAUCUGAACCGGUCCCGGGUCUCCCCUAGGUCGACUCAGCCUCAAAUGAGUACCUGGUGCGAUGUGUAAACAUCGUCACUAGGGAAACAAAGGGGGCCGGGCGUGGUGUUGGCCACCCACCCCCUCAUGUGCCGUGCCGGCCUUCAUGAGCGCUCGCUAACAGCUCUUGCCCCAACAGUCUGUGAAGGCUACACGGGGGAUCUUUGUAUGUGGAGCAGUUUUGUGGCAGUCAGAGCGCUGCGCUACGAACCCUGCCACCCAACUUUGAUUCUCGCUCACCGCCACCAACACAAGUGACAAUUAUAUGGACCGAUUCUCGGCCUCCCCUAGGUCGACUCGGCCUCAAAUGAGUUCCUGGUUCUGAUGUGUGUUUUCCCCCACUAGGAAGACAAAGGCGGCCGGGGCGUGGUGCUGGCCACUCACCCCCUUGUGCACCGUGCCGGCCUUCAUAGGUGCUGCUCGCUAACAGCACUUGCCCCAACAGUCCGCUCAGGCUAUACGGGGGAUCUUUGUGUAUGUACAUGGGGAGCGGUAGCGCAGCGAUAGAAACCCAAGUUCGAUUCCCGCUCACGGCCUCCCAACACCGGUAACGAUUAUCUAAACCGGUCCUGGGCCUCCCCGAGGUCAAACUCAAGAGAGUACCUGGUGCGGUGUUCAAACAUCGUCACUGGGGAGACAAAGGCGGCCGAGCGUGGUGCUGGCCACCUCACCACCCCCUUGUGAGCUGUGGCGGCCUUCAUAGGUACUGCUCGCUAACAGCACUUGCCCCAACAGCCUGUUAAGGCUUAC